GCUCUCAUCACGGUCGGAUUCACCGGGGCUUUCCUUGUUCUUCUGCAGACCACAUGUCUUAACAUCUGCUCACUUGGAGCUCUCUGCUACUUUGAAUCUUCAUAUAUUCCCCCAGCUUCAUCCCUCGCUCAGCAGAUCACGGUUCCGUACGACAGCCCACCAUGGCGCAAACACCUGCUGGCAAAUCAACAGGAGGCGUCCUUCAGAUUCCUGCAGCUGCCACGCAAAAGAAUGGUCCCACGGCUCCCAAGAAACCGCCCAAGCCGGCAGCUCCGCGCCUCAAACUGCUCGUGAGACGUUUGCCUCCCGGUUUGACACAGGCGGAAUUCGAAACUGCAGUCGGUCCUGAGUGGAAAUCCGGCGCAGGCAAGGUAGAUUGGUUUCAGUACAAGGCCGGCAAGGUUUCCAAAGACCCCGCCAAACCCUCGCGGCCAUCGCGCGCCUACAUCCAUCUCAACUCGAGCGAUCACAUCAUCCCUCUGUCGAAUAAGGUCCGCCAAACUUCGUUCGUCGAUGCUCGCAGUACAUCCAACGACCCCGUGCUCAUCGGUCCCCCGUCCAUUGAGUAUGCACCGUACGCCAAGAUCCCCGGCAACCGAGUGCGCAAGGACGCCCGUCAAGGCACAAUCGAUCAAGACCCCGAGUUCAUUGCGUUCCUGGAAAGUCUCACCCAACCCAUCGUGAAGCCUACUCCCGCCGAGACCAACGAGGGAGGGGACAAGAAGGACGCGGUGAUCACGACGCCCCUGGUGCAGUAUAUCAAAGAGAAGAAGGCCAACAAGGCGAAGGACGCUUCCAACAAAUCGUCGAAACACUCGAAGUCGGACAAGGACGGCAAGUCCGAGAAGGUGCAGGCGAAGAAGCUCCUGCAGCGACCGGACAAGGAGGCUUCUCAGUCCGGCUCUGCGGAGAAGGGAGAGAAGAGGUCCAAGUCUGACAAGGCAACCAAGGAGGCUGUCAAGGCUGCCACCAAGCAAGCCGCCAGCGUCGCCAAACAAAGUGGAAAAUCUUCGGGGGCGCAGAAUUCUCCGAGGGACUCCAGCCAGUCGACUCCUAGCUCCGAGCGCAAGAGGGAGCGUGGAAAUGUCGCUGCGGCGGCCAAGAUCUUGCAGCGUGAUUUAGGAAUUGCUCCGUCGGGUGGUCGUCGCAGAGGAGGAAAGGCCGCCGCCGCUGCUGCUGCUGCUGCCACCGAGACUGAUGCCGCGAAGACAGAGCAGGUGUCGGAAACCGGCAAGAAGGAUACGUCUACGAAGUCCAAAGGAUCUUCAUCUCAAAAUGCAAAAGGCAAAGGUCCAGGCGCACAGGCCACCGAGCCGUCCUCUUCUCAGAACCAACCCGAAGCAAAGAACCCUCCCGCCCCCUCGCAGGGGAAAUCGUCUCGAUCUACGAAAGGAAAACAAGCGCCCGCGCCUACGACUUCAGCUGCCACCCAGGCAUUCCUGAAGCAUGCGAACCCAUCGCAGGGCGUCACAGAACCGCUGCUCGAUACCGCGUUCUCCCCGUUCGGCAAGAUCGUGAAGGUGGAGAUCGACAAGAAGAAGGGAUUCGGAUACAUUGACUUUGCCGAGGCGGAUGGCCUUCAGAAGGCCAUUGCAGCUAGUCCGGUGACGGUUGCACAAAGUCAGGUGGUCGUGCUGGAGCGAAAGGCCAACCCUGGAGGCGAGAAGAGUCGGGGCAAGAACCGCGCUGAGACGCAAGCUCCGGCCAGCGGAGGCGGCAGCAGCGGCAACAAUCGCGGUGGUGGUGGUGGAAAGGCAGAAGGGAACUCCGGAUCCUCUCGUGGAUCUCGAGGUGGUCGAGGCAAGAAGGGUGGUUCCAAGGGCGGUGGAGGGGGUGGAGGAAAUGGGAAUCCCAGCGGAGAGGGCAAGGCGGGUGCAGAGGCGAAGUGAGAAGAUGAGAUAAUGAAUUCAAUGUACUUCACGAUUAGAUAUCACGAUACCCAAGGGAAUGGAACUGAGGGACAAAAGAGCUGGCAUCAAAGCCAGACAACUAUCAAGGCGAGUCCCAAGGGACAAAUACUGAAUCAACCAACAUGCAAAAGAUGUUAAUCUAGCAGUCUAUGAGCAAAUCUGAG